GUAUAUUUUCCCCAUUCUUUCUUCAUAUUCUGUUUGUGUACGCAGAAAAAAUAAGAGAUUUUUUUUUUUUUAAUUUUUUUUCUUCAAAGUGAGAAACUUUGCUUCAAGAGCUUGUUGCGGUGGACUCUGCAGUUCGUGCACUUCACAAUCACUCGGAUUUGGGUCUUCCGGUGGUGAUCUGUCUGCAAUUUGGGGUUGGAAUUCUUGCUCGUGUUUCAUGCCUUUUGUGAAUUCCCUUUGAGAUGAAGAGGUCCAGAGAUGAUGUUUACAUGAGUUCACAACUCAAACGGCCCGUGGUGUCUUCUAGAGGAGAACCUUCGGGACAACCCCAGAUGAUUAGUGGUGGCGGUCAGAAACUGACCACAAAUGAUGCCUUAGCAUAUCUCAAGGCAGUGAAGGAUAUGUUUCAAAAUAAGAGGGAAAAAUAUGAUGACUUUUUGGAAGUCAUGAAGGAUUUCAAGGCUCAAAGAAUUGAUACAACAGGUGUCAUAGAAAGAGUGAAAGAUCUGUUUCAAGGGCAUAAAGAUCUAAUUUUGGGAUUUAACACCUUCUUGCCAAAAGGAUUUGAAAUCACGCUUCCCUUGGAGGAUGAACAACCUGCUCAGAAGAAGCCUGUUGAAUUUGCAGAAGCUAUAAAUUUUGUGGGCAAGAUUAAGACUCGUUUUCAAGGCAAUGACCGUGUUUAUAAGUCGUUUCUAGACAUAUUGAAUAUGUACAGAAAGGAAAUCAAGUCUAUCACCGAGGUUUACCAGGAGGUUGCUGAACUUUUCCAGGACCACGCAGAUCUUCUUGAGGAGUUUACUCACUUUCUUCCUGAUACUUCUGGAACAGCCUCUACUCAUUAUGCUUCCGCUCGAAAUUCUCUCCUUCGUGAUAGGAGCUCUGCAAUGCCAACAGGGAGGCAAAUGCAUGCUGACAAGAGAGAAAGGACCAUAGCUUCACAUGGUGAUCGUGACCUUAGUGUUGACCAUUCAGAUCCAGAACUUGACAGAGGUUUGAUCAGGGCUGAUAAGGAGCAGCAGAGGCGUGGUGAGAAGGAAAAGGACCGUAGAGAAGAGAGAGAUAGGAGAGAACAGGGUAGGGAUGAUAGGGAUUAUGAUCAUGAUGGUAGUCGGGAACGUUUGUCCCACAAGCGGAAAUCUGGUCAUAGGGUUGAAGACUCUGGUGCUGAACCAUUGCAUGAUGCAGAUGAAAAUUUUGGCAUGCGCUCAUCUGCUUGUGAGGAUAAAAGUUCUUUGAAAAGUAUGUGUAGUCAAGUGCUUGCUUUCCUUGAAAAAGUCAAGGAGAAAUUACGUAACCCUGAGGAUUACCAGGAAUUUUUGAAGUGCCUACAUAUCUACAGCAGGGAAAUAAUUACGCGACAUGAAUUGCAGUCAUUGGUGGGUGAUUUACUCGGAAAAUAUCCAGAUCUUAUGGAGGGAUUUAAUGAAUUUUUGGCACAGUGUGAGAAGAAUGAAGGAUUCCUUGCUGGUGUCAUGAAUAAAAAGUCCUUGUGGAAUGAAGGACAUGGACUGAAACCAAUGAAGGCAGAAGACAGGGAUCGAGAUCGUGAUAGGGAUGAUGGGGUGAAAGAAAGGGAUCGUGAAUGCCGAGAAAGAGACAAAUCGACUGCAACUGCGAACAAGGAUGUUUCAGUUCCUAAGAUGCCUGUAUAUGUCAGCAAGGAUAAGUAUGUAGCAAAACCUAUAAAUGAGCUGGACCUUUCUAACUGUGAGCAAUGCACUCCCAGUUACCGUCUUCUACCAAAAAAUUACCCAAUACAGUCAGCUAGCCAGAGAACAGAACUUGGCGCAGAAGUAUUGAAUGAUCACUGGGUUUCUGUUACUUCAGGAAGUGAGGAUUAUUCCUUUAAACACAUGCGCAAAAAUCAGUACGAAGAGAGCUUGUUUAGAUGUGAAGAUGACAGGUUUGAACUUGAUAUGUUGUUAGAGUCUGUAAAUGUGACAACUAAACGAGUUGAAGAGCUCUUAGAAAAGAUUAAUGCUAAUAUAAUUAAAGGAGACUGUCCAAUUCGUAUUGAGGAGCACUUAACAGCUCUAAAUCUUAGGUGCGUUGAACGAUUAUAUGGUGACCAUGGGCUUGAUGUGAUGGAUGUGUUAAGGAAGAAUGCAUCUCUAUCUUUGCCAGUCAUAUUAACCCGCUUGAAGCAGAAACAAGAUGAGUGGGCAAGGUGUCGUGCUGAUUUUAAUAAAGUUUGGUCUGAAAUAUAUGCAAAGAACUAUCACAAAUCACUGGAUCAUCGUAGUUUCUACUUCAAGCAGCAGGAUUCAAAAAGCUUAAGCCCUAAAGCCUUACUGGCAGAAAUCAAAGAAAUUAGUGAGAAGAAACAAAAAGAUGAUGAUUUUCUUCUGGCAAUUGCUGCUGGAAAUAGAUGGCCUAUUCUUCCUCACUUGGAAUUUGAAUAUCCUGAUCCAGAGAUCCAUGAGGAUUUGUAUCAGCUCAUAAAGUAUUCCUGUGGAGAAGUUUGUACAACCGAACAGUUGGAUAAAGUUAUGAAGAUUUGGACAACAUUUUUAGAACCUGUGUUUGGUGUUCCUUCUCGACCCCAGGGUCCGGAGGAUACAGAAGAUGUUGUCAAGGCUAAGAAUAAUUCUGCCAAAAGUGGCUCUACAAGUGCUGAGGGUGACGGUAGUCCCGGUGUGGGUACUACCAUAAUCAAUACUAAAAAUUUUAACACUAAUAGAAAUAGGGAUGUAGAACAAUCAAAUUCUUGCAAGGAAUGGCAAACAAAUGGGGAUAGUGGGGUUAAAGAGGAUAAUUGUCUCGAUUCUGACCGUUCUGUUCAUAAGACUGAAACUUUAGGCAGUAGUACUCAGCAGGGUAAAAUGCAUAUAAGGGCAUCCAUGCCUGAUGAAGUAUCAAGAGUCAAUCAACAAGAUCAUUCCAUUGAACGGUUAGUGAAUGCUAAUGUCUCACUGUCCUCUGCAAUGGAGCAAAUUAAUGCAAGAACGAAUGUGGGCAAUGCUUCAGGACUUACUGCAACUCCGUCUAGACCUGGUAAUGUUUCUAGUGAGGGAGGACUUGAUUUACCUUUAUCAGAGGGUGCUGAUUCUACUAGACCAGUUACAUCCACAAAUGGGGCCAUCACUGAAGACACCAAAGUUCACAGCUACCAUGAAGAAUCAGUUGGACACUUCAAAAUUGAAAGAGAAGAGGGGGAGUUAUCUCCUAAUGGAGAUUUUGAAGAGGAUAAUUUUGGAGUUUAUGGGGAUGCUGGCUUGGAGGCAGUGCAUAAAGGAAAAGAUUGUAGUGCAGGUCGACAAUACCAAAAUAGACAUGGGGAAGAAGUUUGUGGUGAAGCUGGAGGAGGAAAUGAUGCUGAUGAUGAAGGUGAAGAAAGUCCUAAUAGAUCAUCAGAGGACAGUGAAAAUGCUUCUGAAAAUGGUGAUGCUUCUGGUACUGAGUCUGCUGAUGGUGAGGAGUGUUCUCGAGAAGAACAUGAGGAGGAUGGGGAUCAUGAACAUGUUAACAAGGCUGAGAGUGAAGGUGAAGCUGAAGGAAUAGCUGAUGCCAAUGAUGUUGAAGGAGAUGGAGCCUCAGUACCAUAUUCAGAGCGCUUUCUUCUCACUGUAAAGCCACUGGCAAAACAUGUUCCCCCAGUGUUGCAUGAGAAAGAAAGGAAUGUUCGAGUUUUUUACGGAAAUGAUUCCUUUUAUGUUCUGUUUAGACUUCAUCAGACAUUGUAUGAGAGGAUACAAUCAGCAAAGAUUAACUCAUCAUCUGCUGAAAGGAAGUGGAAGGCUUCGAAUGAUUCAAGCUCUACUGAUCAAUAUGGCAGGUUCAUGAAUUCCCUUUACAAUUUAUUGGAUGGUUCUUCUGAUAAUACAAAAUUUGAAGAUGACUGUAGAGCUAUUAUUGGAACUAAGUCAUAUGUCUUGUUCACAUUAGACAAGCUGAUAUAUAAAAUUGUUAAACAGCUUCAAGCUGUUGCCACUGAUGAGAUGGAUAACAAGCUUCUUCAACUAUAUGCAUAUGAAAAUUCAAGAAAAUCUGGAAGAUUUGUUGAUAUAGUUUAUCAUGAAAAUGCCCGUGUUCUUCUUCAUGAUGAGAACAUGUAUCGUAUUGAAUGUUCGCCUGCACCUACUCGAUUGUCUAUUCAACUGAUGGACUAUGGACAUGAUAAGCCUGAAGUGACUGCUGUGUCAAUGGACCCUAAUUUUUCAGCCUAUCUGCACCAUGACUUUCUAUCUGUUGUCCCUGACAAAAAGGAGAAGUCAGGAAUUUUCUUGAAGAGGAAUAAACGCAAAUAUGCCUGUAGUGAUGAAUUUUCAAGCCAGGCCAUGGAUGGACUACAAGUUAUCAACGGUCUGGAAUGUAAGAUAGUUUGCAAUUCAUCCAAGGUUUCAUACGUUUUAGAUACCGAAGAUUUUUUAUUUCGAAGGAGAAGGGAAAGGAGAACCUUGCAUCAGAACAUUUCAUGCCAGGAACAGGCAAAGUCUUCAACCAUUUGUUCAAGCAGAGUAAAGCGGGUCUGCAAAUUGUUUUCCAGUACAUAAGCUGGAUAUGUAUUUUUGGUCAUGCAUCAGUGACAGUGGCGCCAGAUGGAAAUGACAUCCCAUCCAAGAUGAUGAGCAAAGGAUGUUUUUCUGAAAUUUAUCUUUCUUGCAUUCUUCACAUCUUCUAUACCUGCACAACCGAAUAAGGCAUACAGAAGGGGAAAUGAGGCUCGGAGAUUGUAGUAUACUGUGACAUGGUGACUGAUGAGUUACAAACAUGUAAAUAGAGGUAUUUUGUGAUGAAACUAGAGGAUAUUUUCUUUCCAUUCAUCCAUAUUUUUGUUGUCUUAAUAAGUUUUAAUUUUUCUCUCCCUUUAACGGGCUACAAUUUUUUGAUGUUAUUGAUAUUAUGAAAUAUUUGGUGGCUACAAUUGGCUUCCACAUUCAAAUUCGUACUACCAGGUUCACUCGAUACUGAUAUCUGCCCCU